UCUGCUUUCGUUUCAUCUUUGUUUAUGUAUUGUUUCCCUAGCCUCCUCCAAAUUAUGCUCCCAGCUAGCAUAACUGCAGGGAGAUGGGAAGGAUGUAAAUUUUCACUUUGCUCAUGAAAAAGCAUAUGUUAGUUUAUAUCCUUGCUCAUUUCUCUUGGCCAUAUCUUUUGUGAAGUUUCAUAUAACUUUCAUAUUUGAAUCUUUUAAGCAAUUGAAUUUAUAGGGUUUCCUGGUUUGUGAACACAUAUACAUAUAUGAUCAUAAAACUAGGCUUCUUCUCUCUUUUUUCAUCUGGUUUUUGAAAGAUAAUAUAUCAGAAUAUGAUGGGAGGUGGAAAUGGAGCGCUGUCAGUUCCACCGGGAUUCCGAUUCCAUCCAACAGAUGAGGAAUUACUCUAUUAUUACCUCAAGAAGAAGGUUUCAUACGAACCUAUCGACUUUGAUGUCAUUAGAGAAGUCGAUCUCAACAAACUCGAGCCAUGGGACCUCAAAGAGAAAUGUAGAAUUGGGUCGGGUCCCCAAAACGAAUGGUACUUCUUCAGCCACAAGGACAAAAAGUACCCUACGGGAACCCGAACAAACCGGGCAACGGCCGCUGGUUUCUGGAAGGCGACCGGAAGAGACAAGGCAAUCCACAUGAGCAACUCAAGGAGGAUCGGGAUGAGGAAAACCCUAGUUUUCUACACGGGCCGAGCCCCCCACGGCCACAAGACCGAUUGGAUCAUGCACGAAUACCGCCUAGACGACGACAACGCUCCUCACCAUGACCACAUCCAAGAGGACGGAUGGGUGAUAUGUAGGGUUUUCAAGAAGAAAAACCUGAGCCGCGGGUUUCAGGCGGAGAUGGAGCAAGAGGAGCCGAUGGUACCUUUCCAUAACCACGCAGUGGGUGGUUGUACCUUGGAGCCCGCAUUCAACCAGAAUCUCCCGCAAUUACUGAGCCCCGAGCAAGCGGGCGUUUCGUCCUCAUUCAUGUCGUCGCUUCCACUGAUGGAUCUAAAUAUCCUCCGUCCAACGCCGGGCGCAGGGCCUUCCUUCAUCCAACAUGAGAAGCUCACCGGAGACUGGUCGUUUCUGGAUAAGCUUCUCACAACUCAGCAGAGCGUGGAUCACAUCAACAAGUUUGCUGAUCUGCGCUUUCCCUUUCCAUAUCAUGGUCUCGAACACGAUUUCUCCAAAUUUUCCAAGUAGAAUUGUUUUGUUACUUCUCAAAAUGCACUAUUUUAUCUUUGGACCUCAUCAUGGAAAUUAUAUAUACUGCUCUAUGCUCAUGCCAA